AUGCAAUUUGGUGGAGCCAAAUGGUCCAGGAAACUUCACCUGGCAGGACUUCAAUGGCUCCUUGCGCUUUCGCUGGCAGAGGCAGGCUUUGGCAGAUCGGAGGCUUUGCCGCACUGUCUGCUGCAGCGCAGCCAGCAGACACAGCGGCGUGUGGAGCAUCGGACAAGUUCAAGCGAUGAAGGACUUGGCAAGGACAUUUCCGUGGCAAAUGGGCCGAAGGAUGGCGCAAGGAAGGUCUCCUUGCUGCAAGCAAAAUCUGAUGCUGCUUCCUGGAGGGAUUCCAGACGAAAGUUGGAGUUGGAUCCGAGCUUCUUCGACAGUUUCGCUGAUGCCGAAUCCACGUUUGAUGAGGAUGGGCGGUCUCAUGUUGAGGCCGCAAAUCCAGCUGCCGUAUCCGAAGAGAGCGUGAGCCUUCCCACCAUUGAGCCGCCACAGUGGUUUGACGAAGGCGCAUCCGCUGGAGCCAAAGAGGCCUGGCAAACGUACGACCUUGAAACAGAGGGUGCAAGCUGGCGUGCAAAGGCUCCUGACUGGAAAGAGCAGGGCUUUGGCAGGUACGAACAAGGUUGGAUGCCGGUUGAAUCCCGUGAGAAAGGAAAUGCAGACCGUGAAGACGGGAAGGAAGCUGCCUGGUUUGACACGGCCGUGGAUCAGUACGACUUGUUUGGGCGACCAAGGGCACCUUCCACCAAAUCGGCAAAUUUCUAUGUCGAGUGGAGCAGGGUCAGCAGGACAGCAGAUUGGAGUUGCGGCCCUCCUGGCUGUGUAGCGAAUGCAUCUCUCAAGGUCUUCGAGAAGGCGGCUGAGAUGGAGUACGCGAUGUGCCAUCUCUCGGUCAUGGUGCAUGCCACCGACUUUGACGACCAGUAUGGGCAUGAAAAGGUUGAAUGGAUUGUGGUCAAUGGGAAGGAGGUCAUUCGUGACUUCGCCCCGCAAGCUCCCAAGGGUUGCGAGAUGAACGAUGACCUUGCAGCUCUGCAUGGGUCUGAUGUGACGGUUCAGAACAUUUCCAACUUCUCGUUGCUGGCUGUGCGUGCCCAACAUGUCCGACGCUGA